AUGAAGGCUGUCUGCACCCCCUAUCGAUGCCUCACCAAAGAGCUGGAGAGCUGCGCCAUGAACCCAGAGCUGACAAUGGAGAGCCUGGGGCCCUUGCACGGGCCGGCCGGCCCUGAGCAGGAGUUGAUGGGCAGCCCAAGCCCUCACCACCAUCCGCCGGGCAGGAGCGCCGGCCCGCUCCGGGUCCACCCGCCGCCUGCUCCAGGCCCGCCGCCUUCCCAUCAGGAGCUGGCCUCCGCCUCCUCGCGUUCGGCCAUGGUAAGCAGCAUGGCUUCCUUGCUGGACGGGGCAGGGGACUACCGGCCGGAGCUCUCCAUCCCGCUGCACCACGCCAUGAGCAUGCCCUGCGACUCCUCGCCGCCCGGCCUGGGCAUGGCCAGCACUUACACCACGCUGACGCCUCUCCAGCCCCUGCCGCCCAUCUCUACCGUCUCGGAUAAGUUCCAUCACCCGCACGCCCACCACCACCACCAUCACCCGCACGCCCACCACCCGCACGCCCAUCAUCCCCACCAGCACCAGCGCCUCUCGGGCAACGUCAGCGGCAGCUUCACCCUGAUGCGCGACGAGCGGGGGCUCCCGGCAAUGAACAACCUCUACGGGCCCUACAAAGAGAUGGCCGGGAUGGGCCAGAGCCUCUCGCCUCUGGGCAACGGUUUGGGCUCCCUCCACAAUCCCCAGCAGGGCCUCCACAACUACGGGCCGACCGUCCCCGAGAAGAUGCUGAGCCCCAACUUCGAGGCCCACCCGGCCAUGCUGACCCGGAGCGACCAACACCUCUCGCGGGGCCUAGCCACCCCUCCGGCCCCGAUGAUGGCUCACCUGAACGGGAUGCAUCACCCCGGCGGCCACCCGCAGCCCCAUGGGCCCGUCUUGGCCUCCAGCCGGGAAAGGCCGCCUUCCUCCUCGGGCGGCCAGGUGAGCAACUCGGGCCAGCUGGAGGAGAUCAACACCAAAGAAGUGGCGCAGAGAAUCACCGCCGAGCUGAAGCGCUACAGCAUCCCCCAGGCCAUCUUCGCCCAGCGGGUGCUGUGCCGUUCUCAGGGGACCCUUUCAGACCUUCUAAGGAACCCUAAGCCUUGGAGUAAACUGAAAUCGGGCAGGGAGACCUUCCGAAGAAUGUGGAAAUGGCUGCAGGAACCCGAGUUCCAGAGGAUGUCAGCCUUAAGACUUGCGGCAUGCAAACGCAAAGAGCAAGAACCAAACAAAGAUAGGAACAACUCCCAGAAGAAAUCUCGUCUGGUUUUCACUGAUCUCCAACGCAGAACACUUUUUGCCAUUUUCAAAGAGAACAAACGUCCAUCGAAAGAAAUGCAGAUCACCAUCUCACAACAGCUGGGCUUGGAACUUACUACGGUCAGUAACUUCUUCAUGAAUGCUAGGAGGCGGAGUCUUGAGAAAUGGCAGGAUGAUCUGAGCACCGGGGGAUCCUCGGCAACCUCCAGCACUUGUACCAAAGCAUGA